AUGUUGUCUCUUGCUCAGGUAACUGCCUAUGCGGCUGUGAGUGCGCUGGCCUUGAUUGUGUUGAACAUCUUGCGCCAGCUGCUGCCCCACGACAAGACCAAACCUCCGGUUGUGUUCCACUGGUUGCCGUUUCUAGGAAAUACCAUCAGCUAUGGAACGCAACCGUACUCUUUCUUUCUGUCCUGUCAGCAAAAGUAUGGAGACAUCUUUACCUUUGUGCUGCUAGGCAAGAAGACAACCGUGUAUCUGGGAGUCCAAGGCAAUGACUUCAUCCUCAAUGGCAAGCUGAAAGACGUGAACGCCGAGGAAGUGUACAGUCCACUCACCACGCCGGUUUUCGGAUCCGACGUCGUGUACGACUGUCCCAAUUCCAAACUCAUGGAACAGAAGAAGUUUAUGAAAUUCGGGCUCACCCAGAAGGCGCUAGAGUCGCACGUCCACCUGAUCGAGAAGGAGGUUGUAGAUUACCUCAAGACAUCGCCAAAGCUGAAGGGUCCUUCCGGGACGGUUGAUAUCUCGGCAGCCAUGGCUGAGAUCACCAUCUUCACCGCGGCCAGUGCGCUACAAGGCCAGGAAGUGCGCCAGAAGCUCACAGCCGAGUUCGCUGAGCUGUAUCAUGAUCUCGAUAAAGGCUUCACCCCGAUCAACUUCAUGCUCCCUUGGGCUCCGUUGCCGCAGAAUCGGAAACGCGAUGCUGCCCACGCCCGCAUGCGUGAAAUCUACACGGAAAUCAUCAAUAACCGACGUCAGAACCCUGGACAGGAGAGCUCGGACAUGAUCGCAAACCUCAUGCAGUGCACUUACAAGGACGGACACCCGGUCCCAGACAAGGAAAUUGCCCAUAUGAUGAUCACGUUGCUCAUGGCCGGCCAGCAUUCCUCAUCGUCCAUCAGCUCAUGGAUUAUGCUGCGAUUGGCUUCGGAACCCGACGUUCUCGAGGAACUGUAUCAGGAGCAAAUCACCAACAUCGGGAACGGCUCGACCGACUUGCCCCCGCUCGAGUUCGAGCACCUCGAAAAGCUGCCUCUCCAUCAAAGCGUUAUUCGAGAAACCUUGCGCAUGAACUCCUCCAUCCAUUCCAUCAUGCGCCAGGUCAAGAACCCCCUUCCCGUCCCGGGCACUGCGUAUGUUAUUCCCACCGACCACGUGCUGCUUGCAUCUCCCAUCAUGACAGCCAUGAGUGAUGAGCACUUCCCCAACGCAAACAAGUGGGACCCGCACCGAUGGGAAAGCCACCAGGACAAGGAAGAAGAUGGCGGAGAGAUGGUCGACUACGGCUACGGCAGGGUCUCCAAGGGGACGGCGAGUCCGUAUCUGCCGUUCGGCGCAGGGCGCCACCGCUGCAUCGGUGAGAAGUUCGCGUAUCUCAAUCUAGCAGUUAUCAUUGCAACGAUUGUGCGGAACCUGAAGCUGUAUAAUGUGGAUGGUCGGAAAGGAAUCCCCGACACCGACUACACGUCGCUCUUUUCCGGGCCUGUGAAGGGCGUCAAGAUCGGAUGGGAGCGGCGCUUCCCUUAG